AUGCUUUAUUAUUCGUCUGCUUGCCUGACUGCAGACCUUAUUCGUAUGUUGACCUGCUUUUUUGCUCCGCGACUCAAAAUAAUUCUUGGAUUUAGCGCCACAUGUCUUCUUCAUCUCAACUCCGGCCAUUUAUCCACUACGCCAAGCGACUCAAGUCUUCCACGCCUCAAAUUGCGCCGUGUCUCUCAGCUUAGCAGUCGCCUAGCCACCGCUUUCACAUCUUCCUCUACCCACUCUUCUGUUGUUAGCUGUCUCAAUUCUAGCACACACCCUGCUACCGCGGCUCCGUUUUCGGACUCCAGCCCGAAUCUAUUCAGACGUGCCAGUCAACUGUCUUUGGCCUCGCUUGCUUCCACUUCCACUCUGCCUAAUGAUCAGGCCUUGAAGCUUGUCACAUCUUCUCAUUAG